UUGUAUUUUUAUAUGAUAUUAAUUAAUAAUCGAUUUAUCUUUAGCCGAUUAUUUUACAUCCACUACAGUCAACAAAUGUUACAAAUGUCUCUAUUUAUUUUAAGUACCAGACUAGACUGAUAUACUAAUGACAAAAAUACGUUUUCAUGUUUAUUUCAUGCCAUUAAUUAUAAUUUAUUUUUACACAACUGGUCCCAGUGUUGAAGCGAGAAAAUAUUAAGAAUACGAAUAGUAAAGAUAAUUUAAAAAUAGCCCAGGUCCUUCCGGGUUAAGUGAUAAUUCGGGUUAUCUGAAUAAACUGCCAAAAGCUAUCAGAUAGAAUUAAAUGUAUCUUCCUCUUCACAAUGUUUCAGGAAGAAAAUAUUUUAUCAGAUUUAAAGUUUCCAAGCUGGGAUUCUUUACAGUAUCACUGCCAUUAUUUGCCUUUAUAACUUGUUUACUCAUGACCAUGUACAAAGAUUUUGAACAUGCAAAUAAUACACACUGCAAUGUGCCAAAUGUAUUCCCAUCAAUAUCAGCUUCCAUUGGUAACUAUGAACCGCAAAGUACAAUUUGGAAGACUGCAAUAUAUGUUCAUGCACCAAUAAGGUUUUUAAUAAUAUAUUUAAGAUGGAAUUAUUAUAGAAAUGUUGUAAGGGACAAUUGUAUUUCUGUAGUGAAAUUAGCAGUAUCAUUAAAUAUAAUAGAAAACUUAGCAUUAUUAGGACUAACACAUUGGACAUCAAUGGCUAACUACCCAUAUCAUGAAAUGUCAUUCAAAACAUUUAUUGGCACUUCAGUGUUUUAUAUGUUAUUAACAUGUCUGAUGCUUACAAGGUAUCGUAGAAGGCCUAACAUUACAAGUUUAGAAAUGCAAUCAGUAAAAUUAAAAUGGAGAGCCUUCAUCGUGAACAUAAGUUCAUUCACUCUAGCUGCUUAUUUUUUCUUGAGGCAUAACCGACUUUGUGAACCAUAUGUUUACUCAAUGUUUGGAUUUUCUGAAUACAUUGUUGUAUUUAGCAAUAUCAUAUUUCACUUAACAACUGUAUAUGAUUUACAAGUACAAUUUGUGUAUUUGUCUAGAAGAGGUAUUAUUAUUGAAUGACUAAAACAA